AUAAACUCCCUGGAGCAGUGGUUGGUCCACUAACUAUUAGAUUUUCCAUUUGAACGCGCACACUUUGGCCACAAUAUUCCCAUGUAUACGAAGAUGCAUUGUUACCACGAAUUGGCAGCUGUAUAAAGUUAUUGGAGAGGGCUGGUAAUGAGUAAGAACCAUUAUGAGUCAACGCGCUGCGAUGACGAGAUUUGAGGACUUUGACGAAGUUUCACUCUGAUUUUACCUGUGACAAGCGGAAACUUUGGGAGUGUAUGAUGUCACUGGUGGUACUAAAUGAGGGAAAGUUUCCAGGGAUAUCGCUGUGUUAUGACCCGUUGGCAUACUGGUGAAACGAUGAGCCACUAGAGUCGAACAGGUGACAGUACGUGACAGACGUACGAUCAGUCAGUACUCGAUAGAAUAACCCAAGGUAUCAUGUCCAUUGAUCUGUAUUAUCAGCCAUUCAGUGCACCCUGUCGUGCUGUGAUGCUCACAGCUGAAGCUCUGGGACUCACUCUCAAUUACAAGAGCCUAGAUAUCCUCAAUGGAGAACAAUUCACACCGGAUUAUGAGCAAAUGAAUCCACUGAAGAGUAUUCCAUUUAUCGUUGAUGAUGAUUACAAACUCGGUGAGAGUCGGGCGAUUAUGGGGUACUUGGUGGAUCAGUAUGGUGAGGAAUCCGGACUUUAUCCCACUGGUGCCUCUGAACGUGCUGUUGUCCAGCAGCGGCUUCAGUUUGAUGUGGGGACUCUCUACAAAUGGGUUGCGGCCUACUACUAUCCAGUUGUAUUCAGGGGAGAAACUGAAUAUAACGAGGGCAACUACGAGAAGUUGAAGGAGGCAUUUCAGAUUCUCGACAAAUUGCUGGAGGGUAAUGAUUGGGCUGCUGGAAGUGACAUGACGAUUGCUGAUCUUUCGUUGCUAUCAACCGUCACAACUGCCGAAGCCUUUGGAUUUGAUCUCGAGGAAUACAGUAAUGUAGCUGAAUGGCUUGAAAGAGUGAAGAGCACUGCACCUGGUUACGAUACUGCCAAUGCCGAGGGCGUUGAAAUACUUAAAAACAUUAUAGCCGGUACGAGUGCAGAAUGAAAUACCGCUGACCUCCAACGUAUCACUCCCACAUUUUAUUUUAAUGUUCGUCCGCGGAAUGGCACCACCAGUGAUCAAUACUGUCUUUAAUUCUCCUUCAGUUCUAACCGUCUCGCUUCAAUGUAGAAUGUAAUCAGUAGAUGAGUUAGUAAACAUGAAAACAGACUCGUAUGCUAAUUAAUAGAAUAAAUAUGAAGGGAAUGCUGAUCAA